AUGUCCAUCCAAGUGGAGCAUCCCGCCGGCGGUUACAAGAAGCUGUUUGAAACCGUGGAAGAGCUGUCGUCGCCGCUCACCGCCCAUGUGACAGGCAGGAUCCCACUCUGGCUCACGGGCAGUCUCCUCCGAUGCGGACCGGGGCUCUUCGAGGUUGGAUCUGAACCAUUUUACCACCUGUUUGACGGACAAGCCCUUCUGCACAAGUUCGACUUUAAAGAAGGACACGUCACCUAUCACAGAAGGUUCAUCCGCACCGAUGCUUACGUCCGGGCAAUGACCGAGAAAAGGAUCGUCAUAACGGAAUUUGGCACCUGUGCGUUCCCAGAUCCCUGCAAGAAUAUAUUUUCCAGGUUUUUUUCUUACUUCCGAGGAGUGGAGGUCACUGACAAUGCCCUUGUUAACGUCUACCCAGUAGGGGAAGAUUACUACGCCUGCACGGAGACCAACUUCAUUACAAAGAUUAAUCCUGAGACCCUGGAGACAAUUAAGCAGGUUGAUCUCUGCAACUACGUCUCUGUCAAUGGAGCCACCGCUCACCCCCAUAUUGAAAAUGAUGGGACUGUUUACAACAUUGGUAAUUGCUUUGGGAAAAAUUUCUCGAUUGCCUACAAUAUUGUAAAGAUCCCUCCACUCCAAGCAGACAAGGAAGAUCCAAUAAGCAAGUCCGAGGUCGUCGUACAAUUCCCCUGCAGCGACCGAUUCAAGCCAUCGUACGUGCAUAGUUUUGGUUUGACUCCCAACUAUAUUGUUUUUGUGGAGACGCCAGUCAAAAUUAACCUGCUCAAGUUCCUUUCUUCGUGGAGUCUUUGGGGAGCCAACUACAUGGAUUGUUUUGAGUCCAAUGAAACCAUGGGGGUUUGGCUUCACAUCGCUGACAAAAAAAGAAAAAAGUAUCUCAAUAAUAAAUACAGGACCUCUUCCUUUAAUCUCUUCCAUCAUAUCAAUACUUACGAAGACAAUGAGUUUCUGAUUGUGGAUCUCUGCUGCUGGAAAGGAUUUGAAUUCGUCUACAAUUACCUGUAUUUAGCCAAUUUACGUGAGAACUGGGAAGAGGUGAAAAAAAAUGCCAGGAAGGCUCCGCAGCCUGAAGUUAGGAGAUACGUGCUUCCCCUGAAUAUCGACAAGGCCGACACAGGCAAGAACCUAGUCACCCUCCCCAACACGACGGCCACUGCAACUCUGUGCAGCGACGAGACCAUCUGGCUGGAACCUGAGGUUCUCUUCUCAGGGCCUCGUCAAGCCUUUGAGUUUCCUCAAAUCAACUAUCAGAGGUAUGGCGGGAAGCCUUACACGUACGCGUACGGACUUGGCUUGAAUCACUUCGUUCCGGACAGGCUCUGCAAGCUGAACGUCAAGACUAAAGAAACCUGGGUAUGGCAAGAGCCCGAUUCAUACCCAUCAGAACCCAUCUUUGUUUCUCACCCAGAUGCCUUGGAAGAAGAUGACGGUGUAGUUCUGAGUGUGGUGGUGAGCCCUGGGGCAGGACAAAAGCCUGCUUAUCUUCUGAUUCUGAAUGCCAAGGAUUUGAGUGAAGUUGCCAGGGCUGAAGUGGAGAUUAACAUCCCCGUCACCUUUCAUGGACUGUUCAAAAAAUCCUAAGUACAUUCUAGCAAAUUAUAUUUCUAUUGACAGAGUCAAGAAAAAAUGAGGUCUGCAAUCAAAUUCUGUUCAGUUUUAGCCUGCUGUAUUACAUGGUUUUAACUUGCAGAUGCACACGAUUUUGCAAUAUUUUACAGAAAGCACAGAGGGGAGCAAGCAAUUCCUUCUAAAAAAAAAUGAGAUUUAGAUAAUCAUAGUUUCUCUGUGAUACAGGCAGACCAUAACUAAAAACUCUUUAUAUAUAUUUA